AUGCUGAAAAAAAAAAAUAAGUAUGAUUAUUAACAGAUUAGUAAGCCAACUAUAAAUGGACAGAGUGAAACUUUAAACAAUUGCAGGGAUAAGGAUAUUUAAUAUUAUAUAUACUAUGCUCUGAUUGUAGAAAGAAUUAAGGAUAAUCCGCUUUAAUGUUUAUUAAAUAGCAAACCAAAGUAUAAGAGAUUGGGAACACUUGAAUUGAUAGGGUAUAGAAACUUGGAAAUAUAUUAAUCGUAAAGUGAAAGUAAAGAAGGGAAAAUAUUACUAAAAAAAGCAAGCUGUGAAGUUAGUAAUUGGAUUGAAGUAGUGAUGAAUUUUUUACUUCAUAGUACAUCAUAUUUUAAGGGCUAAUUUACAAAGGUUGUAAAUGAGACAUUUUGUAUUAUCACAAAAAUAAAAAAUUAGAAUUGAUGCAAAUUAAAAGUAGAAAAUUUUUAGACGUGAUAUAUAAAGUCAUGAAGGAUUCAGAAAUUGAUGUGAGUAAUGAUAAUUGCCAAAAUUCAUAUAUCCUGUAGUAUAUGUAAAUAGCAAAAAAUAUUGUAAAUGCUAUAUUUUGUAUAGUAAGAGUUAUGAUAACCUAUUAAUGUAUGUAAAUUUAUUAAAGAAUAUGUUAAAGGUUGAGUCCAC